GGAGGAGGAGGAGGAGCUCGCCGGAGUUCCCCCGUGCUUCCAGCCGGGCCAUGCAGGCUGCGCGUCUGUGCGUUGCUGGCUUCGGUGCAAACAGCGCUCUGAAGGGAAGCCAUUUCUGAAAACGGCGAGCGGCGGAGGCGGUGUCCUGGCCCGGGCUGGCCGUAGACAAGCAUGUUUCGCGCUCUGACGACGCCUUGGGGCGCCGGCUGUCUGGGAGCUGCCGCCGCCCCCUGCUCGCUGUGGCCGGGUCUAAGGCGCUGCAGGACACCGUCCUUUGCAUCCGGCGGAGCUGCUCUUGCUGUUGGAGGAAAGCGGCUGCCGGGCGAAGCUUCCCGGAGGAGGGGCUGCGGCGUGCCAGAGCACGGGACGAAGUGGAUCAAGCCCACAGGCCGAGACACGGGCAUCCAGACCUAUAACAGCCUGAGCAGAAGUAAAGAGCCGCUCAUCUUGAAGAACGCCGAUGUGGUGACUUGGUAUAGCUGUGGACCAACUGUAUAUGACCAUGCACACCUUGGGCAUGCUUGCUCCUAUGUUAGAUUUGAUAUAAUUCGAAGAAUAAUUACAAAGCUGUUUGGAAAGGAAGUAGUCAUGGUGAUGGGGAUUACAGAUAUAGAUGACAAAAUAAUUAGAAGAGCCAAUGAGAUGGAUAUAUCCCCAGAGGCUCUUGCCCGGUUUUUUGAGGAGGACUUUAAGAAAGACAUGGAUGCCUUACAGGUUCUUCCUCCUACAAUAUAUAUGAGAGUGACUGAAAAUAUUCCUCAGAUCAUUUCUUUUAUACAGCAGAUCAUUACUAGAGGACAUGGUUAUGCAACCUCAAAAGGUAAUGUUUAUUUUGAUGUCCGUUCUAGGGGAGACAGAUACGGAAAGCUUGCAAAUAUCUCUCCUGAUGCCCAAGAGGAACAAGUUUAUGGCGAUAAGCAUCACGUGAAGGAUUUUGCUCUUUGGAAGACCGCUAAGCCUCAAGAGAUAUGCUGGGAUUCUCCCUGGGGGAAAGGAAGGCCUGGCUGGCACAUUGAAUGCUCUACGUUAUCAAGUCUGGUGUUCGGAGGACAUUUGGAUAUCCAUUCUGGUGGAAUAGAUCUUGCAUUUCCCCAUCAUGAAAACGAAAUUGCUCAAUGUGAAGCUUAUCAUCAGUGUGAGCAAUGGGGAAAUUAUUUUCUACAUUCUGGACACCUGCAUGUUAAAGGGAGUGAAAAAAUGUCAAAAUCACUGAAAAACUACAUUACAAUUAAGGAUUUCCUGAAGGAGUUUUCAGCUGAUCAGUUUAGAAUGUUUUGUUUGAAGAGCGGAUACAGAUCAGCUGUAGAAUAUAGUAAUGACAGCAUGAAUGAUGCAAAGAACAUCCUUCAGACAAUCUAUUCUUUUAUGAGUAGCGCCAACGCCUACAUGAAAGGGCAACUUCUCUGUGAGGCCAUUAAAGAAGACGUACUGUGGGAGAGGCUAGCCCACACUAAAGCAACAGUAAAGGCUGCAUGUGCCGAUGACUUUGACACCCCCAGGGCUGUGGGUGCAAUUAUGGACCUCAUUCACCAUGGCAACAGACAGCUUAAGGCCGUCACUAAGGAAACUGGAUCUCCUCGAAGCGCUGUUGUGUUUGGAGCCAUUGUGUCUUAUGUCGUGGAAUUCCUUAACACAGCUGGGAUUGCCCUUGCUGAAAGUCAGGCUGCUCCAGAACACAACCGUCCAGCUGUGCUCUCCCAUGUGAUAGACGAACUAGUGAACUUCCGCAUCAAAGUGCGCAGUUUUGCUCUUGUCGCGCCGGCGGCUGCCGGAGGCCUGCCCGCUGAAGGUGCUGCCCUGUCGAAAGAAGCAAACCAGCAACAGAAAGAGGAAAGGCGACGACUGCUGCAGGACAGAGCACCCCUUCUGCAAGCCUGUGACAGCCUGCGCAAAGACCUCGCUAUCUACGGCAUCAACAUAAAGGAUAGAAGUACUACUUCUACAUGGGAACUUGGAGACCCCAGUAAAGAAUUGGAAAAGAGCUGAUACAAAUACAGAAUACAGUUGGACUGAUGAAACACAAUGGAUUUUAAAUCUCUGUGACUGAGAGAAUCCUUUCCCUUGAAUUGCUAGGCUUCAUGUUGAGGGAGCCUAUUUUUUAAAAUUCUCUACUUGAAAUUUAAAAGCAAA